GUCUCCCCACACUGCUGCUGGGGGGAUUUUUUAACAUAGGCCUCUGCCUCUGUAUGGCCUUCAAUUGAAGCUGCUUCUGCUCCGCCACUCUGCCAUUGGACUCUUGAUAGUCGUCUCCCCACACUGCUGCUGGGGGGACUUUUUAACAUAGGCCUCUGUAUGGCCUUCAAUUUAAGCUGCUUACGCUUCGCCACUCUGCCAUGGGCCCCUGUUACCGCCUCCUCUUGCUGCUGCCAGGUCCAGAGUGUGUCAUGGGUCCCUGUACGGCCUCCCAUUGCUGCUGACUUCAUCGCCAGACUCUGCCAUGUGCCACUUUCAGGUCUCCUUACACUGUUGGUGGGUUCCAUUUUGUGAUAGGGUGCUGU